AUGCUCCGCUUCUGUGCUAACUGUUCCGGAAAGGUGCGUGGAGAUCCAACAGAAGCCGGUGAAUAUUUGUCUCAGGAAGAGCUGCAGUCCGCGGAGGAAACACUCUUUCGCUGGAUACAAAUGGAAACGUACCCCGACGAAAUGAUCGCAGUCGAAGAACAGCAUCAACGAUUUCCGGAACAAGCCCCCAGACUCGAGAGAACCAGUCCACUUUGCAAGUUGUCUCCGAUGUUGGACGAGGCAGGAAUGCUGCGGAUGGAUGGGCGUAUUGGUGCCGCUCAUUAUGCACCGUACGCCGCUAGAUUUCCGGUUAUUCUGCCGAAAAACCACUACGUCACCGGCCUUAUCUUGAACUGGUAUCAUCGACAAUACGGUCACGGCAACUCUGAGACUGUGGUGAACGAGGUGAGACAGAGGUUUCAUGUCUCCAGUUUGCGGAAUGCGGUCCGGAAAGUAGCAAAGACGUGCAAAUGGUGCGUCGUUCGAAAGGCAACUCCUCAACCUCCUCGUAUGGCAUCGCUUCCAGAAUGCAGGCUAGCAGCGUACAUUCGACCGUUCACCUUCGUGGGUGUGGAUUAUUGUGGACCGUUCCUUAUCCGGAUUGGCAGAGCAAGUGCCAAGAGAUGGGUGGCUCUGUUUGUUUGCCAGACGGUACGAGCCAUCCACCUUGAAGUAGCGAACUCAUUGUCUACAGAAUCCUGCAAAAUGGCGGUGAGGCGGUUUAUUGCUCGCAGAGGUGCUCCGCAAGAGAUCUAUAGUGAUCAGGGCACGAACUUUCAAGGUGCAAGCAACGAUUUGAAGCGGGAGAUAGCACAAAUCAACAUUUCAUUGGCCAAUACCUUCACCAAUCGGAAUACGUCGUGGCGGUUCAAUCCACCGUCAGCCCCACACAUGGGUGGAUCGUGGGAACGCUUAGUUCGGUCCGUCAAGGUCGGUCUAGGCACUCUCUCUACCUCCAGGAACCCGGACGAGGAAUCCUUUUGCACUAUAUUGGUCGAAGUAGAAGCGAUGGUCAACUCCAGGCCAUUGACGUACGUUCCCGUGAGCGCAGAACAUGAGGAAGCUCUGACUCCCAACCAUUUUCUGAUGUUGAGUUCCAGUGGUGUCGUACAACCAGCAAAGCAGCCUGUGGACGUUGCAACUACACUCCGAACCAACUGGGGACACGUUCAGGCUUGUUUGGACAGGUUUUGGACAAGGUGGAUUAGGGAAUACCUCCCUACCCUCAGUCGCCGCACAAAGUGGUUCAUCGAAGUCAAACCAGUGCAAGCGGGAGAUUUGGUGAUCGUCAUGGAUGAAGCUAUACGGAACAGCUGGAUUCGUGGCAGGGUCCUCAAGACACAUCCAGGGAAAGAUGGAAGGAUUCGAAGCGUUGAUGUGAAGACAGGCAGUGGCGUGUUCCGGCGACCAGUAACAAAGCUGGCAGUGUUGGACGUGAUGGAUGGAGGUAUAGCUGAUGGAAGUCUGCAGCAAUACGGGUCGGGGGAUGUUCGCGACAGUCCUCACCUUGCAGGCACACACCUUGCACCGUCGAUCCGUAACGUUAGGCAUUGA